AUGUACCGCGAGCCCAAUGUACCGCCGAGCUAUAUUUUUGUUCGAAAUUGUCGAAUCCGUGGCGCCCUAGUAUGGUUCGAUUCAGAAUGUCAAGACGCAUCGAACCAUACCAGGGCGCCGCGGAUUCGACAAUUUUGGACAAAGUUAUAGCUCGGCGGUACAUUGGGCUCGCGGUACACUGGCCUGCUCCCGUUUCUGUCAGCCCUCCUUGUUGAGUACAACUUAAGGGAGUUCUCUGUUGAUUUUUCGAGAAAAAAGUUUCUUUUUCUGUUUUGUUUGUCGCGUGCUUUUUCAAGUUGAGGGGUAUUUCUUGAAAUGUCACGUGGUUUUUGUGUCUAGGUGAAAGAAAACUAAUGAUCAU